AAAUAAGAGUGGACGGAGCGGACUUUGAAACACUGCUGCUAUUGCUGUUGCUUCGGCUCCUGGUUUGCCAGCUUCCCAAUAUGAAGAUCCUGCUUGUGAUCCCGGUUUGCCUGAGUGUGAUUCUCAGCAGCUGUGCACAGAAACCUCAUCCCUGCAGAAGUCCUCCGCUGCUUGAGGGGAAACUCGGCCUGCUCGUCCCAGGGGAGAAGUUACGCCUUUAUGAGAAAUUCUACUACGAUGCCAUCGGACAGAACAUUCGUGUUAUAGCUUAUGGGAAGGAAGACAACAAAACCAUCUUCGCAGAUAGGCUUUUACUCUUCAGAGAAGGUGUCAGUUAUGAGAUCCACCACCACAACAAGACCUGUGUUAAAUCAGCAUUAAAGGUGCCGUUCGUACCUAUCGAGGUUCCUCUGGAUGCUCACUUCCAGCAUCAGAUGGUUUUGGGUAGCAGCUCCAGACCAGGAGAAGGGCUGCUGGUUAAUAACUGGGAAGGAACUGCAUCUCAAACAAAAGAAAACUAUUUCAUGUCCUUCACCGAGUUUGGCUGCUUGCCUCUAUACCUCGUCUAUUUUACAGAGAAGAUGGAUGUAAGCAGCAUGACAAGUUUCUUUGACCUUGUCAAUGGAAUUGAAGACCCAGAAGCUUUCAUCCCUCCAUCCUUCUGUGAUUCUUUGAAGUUGCUGGAGGCCAAAGAUGACAAUGUGAAAAACUUAUUUAAAGCUCUCCUAUGAGAGGACCCAUCCACGUUUGUGUAUCUCACCUAAAUUGUACCAUGACCAGAAUAAAAACCAUUUUUGUUUUUCAAACCUACUUCAGAAUAAACAAUGACUUGUCUACACAA